UCAUACUCCUACCUCAAGUCAAAACUUUAUGUAUUCCACCUUUUCAUAAACCUAAAAGCCUUUCAGUCAAAAAAAAAAAAAAACCUAAUAGCCUUUCUUCCCAAACACUUCCCACAGAAACUCCAAUCCACAACUCAACUUUCCUCUUUCAUUCCCAUUUUUUCUUUCUUUCCCUUCUCUCUAUGCCUGCUUCCAUCUGCUUAUGAAAAAGACUUUUACCUACACCAUCCUAUCUUAUCAAAAGCAAAAUCAUAUUAGUCUAUUUGCAAUUUUCGCCGCAACGUCAAAAUUUUUAAGAUCUCUACCAUCGUAACGCAGUUACAAUUGUGACUACAUUAGUGAGUAAUUUCUCACGAAUCAAAGAUCGCUACCAAAUUUCAAUUGCAACUGCAAUUUAAAGGAUCAGGAUUAUUACUAGUUAUACAUUAAUGUCUUCCAACAAGAGGAGGUUCAUGAGAGCCCUAUUCAAAGCAAAUGGAGGCUGUGGGUGUAGCAAACCGAAAUCCUCUGACGUACACGAACCCACCCCAAAACCCAAAAUCUCCAUUUACCAAAACACAAAACCUAGCAGCCUCAAUUCAUCCACCACUUCCGGUGACCGCAACGAGGACGACGAAGUCUUCACUUCCACCACCAUCUCCGAAUCCGACACAAAUCAUCAAAACCCCAACAACAACAACAUGCCAAAACCUAGCCCAAAACUCGUUGACAGCAUCGCCGUCGAGAAGGACUCAAACGACCCACAUAAGGAUUUUCGAGCCUCCAUACUCCAAAUGAUCCUGGAGAGAGAGAUCUACACAGAAACCGAACUCCAAGAGCUUCUCGAGUGCUUCCUCCAGUUGAACGCCACGUGUCACCACCAAGUCAUCGUUCAAGCCUUCAUGGAGAUCUGCGAAGAAGUGUUCCCGAAGAAGAACAUCGUCAGUGGUGGUGGCGCUCCUGAACAACGUCGCAGGAACCAGAUCACGCGAAAGAGUCGGUGAAUGUUGUUGAUGCUAGCUAGGUCAACCGUGAACGAUCGUAUGUGUGAAAGCCACGUGAAGGCGUUGAAUUCGCACGUGGGAUGAAGCUGCAUGGAAACGUCACGGUUUCAAACUGAUCUAUUAAAUCUUAUCGUAUUCAUUCUCUCUCAUUUAUUCGUUUUAUCUAACGGUUCAAAAUUUAUUGAGGUUUUGCGGGAUUUGAGAUUUCAAAUUUAUAUGUCAAAGAUAAAGAGGGAAAUUCAAGUAUAAAUAUCGCAAGAAUGAAGGAUGUAAAUACUAGUUUAGUAUAUCAUUCUUUAGAAUGACUUUAAUUUGAUGCAUUUGUAACUGUAAAGCUCUCGCCUCUCGUUGACUUAUGUAAUGGCAGAAUUCAUUAAUUAA